AAACCAAAUUUUUCGCCUGCUGGUCGAACUGAAAUCGCAUCCUCUUGUCCAGUCCCACAUCCAUAUGCGUGUACCCGAACCGACUCCACAGCAAGUUGCGCGUCACCGUCUUUGCUUGCGCGCUCUCGGGCACUGUCUGUAAAGCCGCUCCACCGAACAGCUCUGCUCUAAAGGACUACACGAACAUGCAUGGAUCCAAACAGCAGGAAUUCAAGCAGCACAGAUGGGCUUGGUAGAAAUCCUGCAGGCAUGAUCCUUCUCUCUCUCACUCUGUCUGUGCUAGCUCUGUUAACCACAGCAAUCAACUCCUUAGUCAUCACUGCCAUCAUUGUCACUCGCAAACUUCACCACCCUGCCAACUACCUUAUCUGCUCUUUGGCUGUGACUGACCUGCUGGUGGCCAUCCUGGUCAUGCCCUUCAGCAUUGUCUACAUCGUGAAGGAGACGUGGGUCAUGGGUGAGGUGAUGUGCACCAUCUGGCUCAGCGUUGACAUCACCUGCUGCACAUGCUCCAUUUUGCACUUGGCUGCUAUUGCUGUGGAUCGUUAUCGUGCCAUCACUGAUGCUGUGGAAUACUCCAGGAAAAGGACAUCUUUAAGGGCCGCUGUCACGAUCAGUGUCGUGUGGUUCCUGUCCAUUCUCAUUUCCUUACCUCCAAUGCUCUGGGGACACCACAGAACAGACGAAGAAGCACAGGAGAAAGAAUGCCUCAUAAAGCAUGAAAACAUUGCUUUCACCCUUUACUCCACUUUUGGGGCUUUCUACAUCCCCCUUAUACUCAUUCUUAUCCUUUACUACAAAAUAUACCAAGCAGCUAAAAUUCUUUACCACAAAAGAAGGCCCAGCCCCAUGAACAAGCUUGAAAUAAAUGGAAACAAGAUCCCUAUGUGCUCUGACAGAGAACAGCAGAGCCAUGAUGUACUUACCCUACCAGAGAAGUCAAUGUCAGAGCCCUCUACAGAGGGGCGCAUCUCUGCAGCAAGCCCAAAUUUUCAGCGUCACAGUGAGAGGUCGAUCAAAAGACAACGGAUUUCAGGGGCACGUGAAAGAAAGGCAGCCAUGACUCUGGGCCUCAUUCUUGGGGCAUUUGUUGUCUGCUGGCUGCCAUUCUUCAUUCAGGAAGUGAUUAUUAACAUCUGCAACAGAUGUGUCCCCUCCAGUGAAAUAGCUACAUUUCUGACCUGGCUUGGAUACCUUAACUCCCUAAUCAAUCCACUCAUUUAUACUAUAUUUAAUGAGGACUUUAAGAAAGCCUUUCAUAAAUUGAUCAAGUGCCGGAAUGAACUCUGAUACAGAAAAUGGAAUAUCAAUGUUUUUAUAGAAAACAUGUAUAUCGAUGUGAAAUUUUAAAAAUAUGAGAAAAUGAAAAUUUCUGUAAUGCAGGUGAAUAUUUAAAACUGAAGACAUUUUCAUAUUGUUUUCAAAAUUCAGCCUUAUCUGUAAAAAUACACACACUGCCAAUCAAAUGUUUAGAGCUUUGACAUCAAAUCAUUCCAAACACUUUAAAACUGUGCAAGAGAAAUUUGGAGAGGCAGUGCUGUCUGGAACAGUCACCCAACCUUCAACCAUGAUGUUCUGGGAUGAACAGUUUGAAAUGUUUGAGAGACAGAGGUGUCCACUGGGAUGUCCUGCAAGUGACACUUUCUAAGUAACACCUGCUUAAACCUUGUCCAUAGAUAAAGAAAGUGUGACAGCUUUUACUGCUAAGAGACAUUUUAAAUGAACAUAUACAUGUAUUGUAUUUUAUUUAUCCGUUCACUUGUACUAUAUGGCCAAAUGUUUGUUGAUACCAGACCAUCACUUUUAAAUGAAUGGGCAAAUCCCCACAGCCAUGCUCUAAAAUCUAAUGGAAAACCUUCUGAGAAGACUGAAGGAUAUUAUAAGAAGAUGAAGCCUUUAUUAUCGCCACACAUACAUUACAGCACAGUGGAAUUCUUUUUUUCGCAUCUCCCAGCUCAAGGGCCCAACAGUGGUAGCUCAGUGGUAUUGGGAGUUGGACCCCAACCUUCUGACAACCCAGAGCCUUAACCACUCGAUGCCCCUUAUAACAGCAAAGGGGGGCUAAAUAUGGAACGGGCUCUUCAAAAAUUACAUCUUGAGUGUUAUGUUCAGCUAUCCACAAACUUUUGGCCCUAUGUAUUUACGUGAUUAAUCCAUAAUGUAUUAUUUUAUAUAAUUAUUUCAAGUUAUUUCGAAAUGACAAAGACAAUAAUUAUGCAUUUAAACACAAACAUAUGAAAAUGGACAUGGUAGUUGUUCCCAAACAUUGAAGUAAAUUACCAUCUGAGAUGUUGCAAACAUCACAUACGUAAGGUGGUGUAUAAAAAUAAGUCAUGUUACAGGAUUAUAAUAAUCAUAAAAUUUAAUUAACAAAUAUGGCUGUAUUUUCUGACAUAAUUAUUAAUGUUAUUUAACCGUAUGUUAUGUAAAGGUUAUUUAAUGUUAUUUAAAGCUUUAAUAUAUUUAAAGACAUUAAAAAUAAACACACCAUAUACAUGAUACAUUUGUUAUUAUACAAGCUGUAGUAUACAGAACACAGUAACAAUCAACUGGCUAUCAUUCAUGCGAUACAGAUUUCUACUCAUGUAAUGAUUCAUUAUUUUUUAUUUUUAUAAAUAUUUCUUGAAUAUGAAUGGAAA